UUCUGCAAAACAGCAACACACAUCCAGACGCAAUGCAGGCGGAUGAGAAGGCAGUGGAUGGCGGCCUGCUGCCUGAUGCCAACGGGAAAGAUCCAAACCCGGGUGGACAGACAGACAGCUCCAAGUGGCAGAAACCACGGCUCACACGUAAAUCUUUGAUGAAUUGUUGUCUCGUCAAGUGGAUUAUCGCCAGUACCACGCAACAAGGGCCAGAUGACAGCUGUGACGGCGAUCUAGAACUCUCAAUGGUGCGCCAUCAACCUGAGGGCCUCGAUCAGCUCCAAGCCCAGACACAGUUCACCAGGAAGGAGCUUCAGUCGCUUUACAGAGGCUUCAAAAAUGAAUGUCCCAGUGGGCUUGUGGAUGAGGAAACAUUCAAGACCAUUUACUCACAGUUCUUCCCUCAAGGAGAUGCAACCACAUAUGCACAUUUCUUGUUUAACGCAUUUGACAUGGACAGAAGUGGCUCCAUCCGGUUUGAGGACUUUGUGAUAGGAUUAUCUGUGUUGCUUAGAGGCUCUGUUACAGAGAAACUUCGAUGGGCGUUCAACUUGUAUGAUAUCAACAAAGACGGCUACAUUACUAAAGAGGAAAUGAUGGCAAUAAUGACAUCCAUUUAUGACAUGAUGGGCAGGUAUACCUUACCCAGUGUACGAGACGAUUCUCCUUAUGAGCAUGUGGAGAAAUUCUUCCAGAAAAUGGACCGGAACAGAGAUGGAGUAGUGACUAUUGAUGAAUUCAUAGAAACCUGCCAAAAGGAUGAAAAUAUAAUGGCUUCCAUGCAGCUCUUCGAGAAUGUCAUCUAGUUUCUGUAGAUGGACAUGGAUCUGUAAUGUUGCAUAGUGCUUCCAGCUACAAGCAUCUGGGCUUGAAAUUACUUCAUCCAUCCUAAAGAGGAGAAAAUGGGUCGUGCAACACAUUUGACACAUUUUAAUACAAAGUGGCAAAAACUAUUACUUUUGCUGGCAAACUGUUCUAAGCGGAGACGUGCAGAAUUCACAGAAUCACUUAAAUCAUUUUUUUUUCUUUGCAUGACAAUUUUGUUUAUUGUUAUACAGCAUGUCAUUACGAGAUGAGCAUGACUGCUUGCAAGCAUGUGAUGCAAACCACAUUGAACACAAACAAGGGGUUUUAUUGUUGACCACUUUGAAACUUUGGCAAAUGAGAAUACUUUGUUACUGUAUUACAUAUAUAAUGUAAAGAUUAUAAUUAUGUUUCUAAGUUCUUCAGAUUUCAGUGUAAUCGCAAUACCAUGUCAUUGUCAUGUUGACCCAAACCUUACUGAAAUAAAUAUAUACCUUCACAUACUGAUAA